AUGAAAAAAAAGUGUGAUGGAGAUUAUUUGAGUCAAAAAUCCUGUUCAUAUUGUGCUAGCCGUAAAGAGGAAUGCAGAUAUUCGGAUAGUCAAAAGAAAAAACCUACAGAAGCUAAUGAUGUUCAACAGUUUAUUAAUAGAUUAGAGGUUAUUGGUGAUGAGAUACAAAAAUUAACGGAUGAACUAAGAAAAUUUUAUGAACUUAGUAAAAAUCAGGAAGAGCUAAAGUUUCUUGGAAAUGAAUACGUUGAAUCUAGUACCAAUAAUCUUAAAAGGAAACAACCUGAAGUGACACGCUCUCAUAAACCUAAAUCCAAAAUUUCUGGAUUAAAAAGAAAUUCUAAUGAAUCCAAAAAAGAUUCUUCAUCUAAAAAACAAAAAGACACAAAAGGUUAUUUUUCAAAAAUCUAUUUACCUAAAGGAAAAUAUGUAACGCAUCAAUUUGAUCUCAAGGAUUUUAAUGAAACCUCUCCUCAAUUUGAGAACAUACAACUUCAAUCUUCUCCACCUUCUUCUACCGAAUUAAUUAAAACAGAUGCUAAUGAUAUUAAUAAUUUUAAUAAUGAUACUUCAAAUUUUCCUGAAAAUUUAGUAGUGGAUCUUACACGUGUAUUAGUAAUAAAGGUAGAAAAUCCAAAAAUUGGUGAUGAUACUCGUACAUGGGGACCACCUUGGGCAACAAAUAAAGACCCUAAUGACCUUUCAACACCAGAAAGUGCUUACUUUUUGUCGAUUAACAGGAAUAAAAAAUCAAUCACUGUAAAUUUAAAGUCACCCGCUGGUAUAAAUAUAAUAAAAGAUUUGGUCAAGCAGAGUGACAUAUUAGUGGAAAAUUACAUUCCUGGAAAGUUGGAUAAAAUGGGAUUAGGUUUUGAUGAAUUGAGUAAAAUUAAUCCACAGUUAAUCUAUGCUUCAGUCACUGGUUAUGGCCAAACAGGACCUUAUUCGAAACAUGCUGGAUAUGACGUCGUGAUAGAGGCUGGUUUAAUGUAUAUUACAGGUGAAGAGGACGGACCACCUGUAAAGGUUGGUGUGGCUAUAACAGAUUGCUCACUUAUUGAAUGUCAAGUUGCUUCAUUAGCAAACAUUGCUAGCAAUUAUCUCAUUUCUAAUCAAGAAGCUAAACGAAUGGGUACAUCUCAUCCCUCUAUUGUUCCAUAUCAAAUAUUUCCAACUAAAGAUGGUUUUAUUAUGAUUGGUGCUGGAAAUGAUAAACAAUUUAAAAUUUUAUGUAAUACAAUUGACAUAGAUGAAUUAAUAAAUGAUCCAAGAUUCACUACAAAUUCGGAUCGUGUAUUUCAUCGUAAAGAAUUAAUUUCACUUUUAGAGGAAAAAUUCUUGAAUGAAACUACUGAUCAUUGGCUGUCAUUAUUAUCUGAUAAGGAAAUUCCUUUUGCUCCAAUUAAUAAUAUUCAGCAAACUUUUGAACAUCCUCAAAUUCUUGCUCGUGGAAUGAUACAAGAAGUUGAUCAUCCUAAAGCUGGCAAAAUUAAACUAACAGGUAUUCCUGUUAAAUAUAGUAGAGAAACAUUGAAAAUAAGAUCACCACCUCCAACACUUGGCCAACAUACGCGUGAAAUUUUAACUAAUUUAUUACAUUACACUAAUGAGAAAAUAGAUCUUUUAAAUGAAACUGGC